GUGAGGCGGCGAGUCAUUCUGCCAUUUUCUUUCCCCCCCAAUUUUCCUUCUUCUGUCCCGCUUCGUUGGCCUAACUAACUGUCCAUGAUGGAAUGAGUCAGUCCAAAGUGAGCUCGUUUAUUUAAAUCGUCUCCCUCAUCUCUAUUUAUACAAUCAAGCAUAUCUCUUCUUUAUCCAGGUCAUCAAGAUGACCGACGCCAACGCCAGCCACGCUGCUGGCCCGCGACUCCAGAGAGUCGAUUCCCAACCUGAGAACCCGUUUUCACAACUCAUUACCGAUCAGUCGAUUGCUGUUGUACCUGAAUUCACCCUUGAAUCGGGGGUAACUCUGUACAAUGUUCCAGUGGCAUACAAAACCUGGGGCAAGCUGUCCCCAUCCGGAGAUAAUGCUCUGGUGAUCUGCCAUGCUUUGAGUGGCAGUGCUGAUGUCGCGGACUGGUGGGGUCCCCUUCUGGGUGGUCCCGGCCAAGCGUUUGAUGUGUCGCGGUUCUUCGUCAUCUGCUUGAACAGUCUGGGUAGUCCGUAUGGGAGCGCCAGCCCUGUGACAUACAAGGACGGUGACCGAAGCAAAGAAAGAUAUGGCCCGGAGUUUCCCUUGACAACUAUCAGAGAUGAUGUUAGAAUCCACAAGCUCGUUCUAGAUGAUCUGGGUGUUAGACAGAUCGCUGCUGUGGUUGGAGGAUCCAUGGGAGGAAUGUUGACCCUCGAAUACGCUUAUUUCGGCAAAGACUACGUGCGAGCUAUCGUCCCAAUUGCCACAUCAGCACGGCACUCUGCUUGGUGCAUCAGUUGGGGAGAAGCCCAGAGACAGAGCAUCUACAGUGAUCCUAAAUACGAGGAUGGCUACUAUGCCUUUGACGAUCCUCCAACCACUGGACUAGGUGCUGCUCGUAUGUCAGCCCUUCUCACAUACAGGAGUCGCAACUCCUUCGAGUCGAGGUUCGGUAGAAACGUUCCCGAUCCCUCGAAGCGGCAAAACAUGGAUGGCAAAGAGAGGCUUCCCAGCCCACCAAAUGAACACUGGGCUAUCCAUAACGAUGGUCACAAGAGCACACGAUCUUCCCGACCCCCCAGUGCGCCUGGCUCUCCCACUCCUCAGGCCGAGGUGCAGUUCACGGAUCCCCAAUUCAGUGGAACCACCACCUUUACGGCUUCCGUAAAACCUACUAGUCACGGUUCAAACGCCACGAGACGGCCAACCACCUACUUUUCGGCCCAGUCGUAUCUGCGUUACCAAGGCGAGAAAUUUGUAAAACGAUUCGACAGUAACUGCUAUAUUGCAAUUACCCGCAAGCUGGACACCCACGACGUGUCUCGCUAUCGUGCUGAUCCAAAAUCUUCCGAUCCUGUCAAGGACGCCCUGUCGCUUAUUCAACAACCUGCUCUGGUCAUCGGAAUUGAGAGUGACGGACUCUUUACUUUCGAAGAGCAGAUGGAAAUCGCCGCUGGAAUCCCAGACUCACGACUGAAGCGGAUUGAAAGCCCGGAGGGUCACGACGCUUUCCUGCUUCAGUUUGAGCAGGUCAACCGUCAUAUCCUGGAGUUUUUCCGAGAGGUGCUCCCAGAUAUUAUGUCCAAAGAGGCAAACGACGCCGCUGUUGACACAGUGGGCAAGUUGACCAAGAGCAGCACAUUUGGAGAGGCUGAAGUGGAGGAUAUCACAGCUUGGUAAAAGAGGACGGGGGAUAACCCCCUUGUUCGGCCGAGUUUCAGCACUACUGUGGUCACUUAUAGAGACCUCGUACCGUGCUAUGCCGUCGGAGAAGCAGGUGUGGAUGAGAAGCUUCUUGAGAUCAGACUGAUAGUCGUUGCUCUGUCUGCUUGGGUUGUGGAGCAGCGACAUCCCGCGGGGGAUGUUGCGGAAGACGAGUGAACCAGAUUCGGAGAUUUACAAACUUUCAUUUCGCAACGAAUCGGAGAGAAGAGCAUCCAACUGCCUCUCUCGCAGAUAUUUGAAAAGAAGCAUCCAACUGCUCUCCAUCAUGUCUCCUUUUCAGCAGUCCGUGUUUUAUACUCUUCUCAAAGCACGAAGGCUUGCUAUCUAAGGACGAUGGGCCCUUGUACAUACACAUCGAUGUACUCUACCAUAUUAGUCAUUUUCCAUGAUACCUGUUGCUGGACUACACAAUGUAGAAUAGAUGGCACAUCUACUUGCAUAUAUAGUGGU